AUGGUUCUGUUUCACGAAUUCGACCCAUUUUCAGUCCAAACUCAAGCAGACCCUGCUAUAAAUAUUCAUGGUCUAAGGAGUGGCGAUGCGUCGUCUUCCCUUCCACCACUGCUUCUGCUACACGGAUUCCCUCAGACGCUAUACGCCUGGCACCGCGUUGCACCCCAUCUUGUCGACAAAUACACGGUUGUCUUGAUUGAUAUCCGUGGUUAUGGACAGUCUUCCAAGCCUGCAGGUGUGCAGGCCUACGCAAAAAGUGCCAUGGCUCGUGAUUGCAUUGCCGUAAUGGACACUCUAGGCUUCACCGAUUCUUUCUACAUCUGUUCUCAUGAUCGGGGCGCCCAAGUGGCACACAAGCUCUGCGUUGAUUACCCCAUUCGAGUAAAGAAAACAAUCCUUCUCGAUAUUUGUCCAACGCUGGCAAUGUUUACAAGAUAG